AUGCUAGGCUGGCCAAUAUUGGUGCACUAUUGUGAUUCUUGCAAUUACAACACACCUGUUCAAUACACAGGAACUGUUCGCGAACAGCAACAUAUCUGCACACACUGCGGUGUCAGACAGCGAGGGGCAGAGGUUGUCGGCGAAAGUAAAGGCGUCAUGAAUGUCAAUCAGCAGGACGAGCUGGCGCAGCUCUUCGCGCAGAGCAUGCACCUCCAACAACCACAGCAUCGAUCUCAAGUCGUGGAGCAGGUGCAGCCGGUCAGCGAGAAGACAGUCGAUUCUCCAAUCCACUUCGCCUCGGCACACUACACUCCUAACACAGCACACAUGCGAGCCGAGACUCAAUCUGAGCCAGCGCAGAGUCCUCCGCCCCCGUAUCGAGAGGCCUUGAUGCCGGAUGCCAUGGCAGACAUGCUUCGACAAAACAGCAUCGAUCCUUCCGCACUCUUGCCUAACCAAGUCAACCUGUUCCUGAACGCUGACUACGAGCAGAGACUCCGCCUCCUCGAACUCUGGCGCAUCUCACCACCAUCAUACCCUCACGAGCAGCAGUUGCAUCAACACUGGGCUCAAGGCAGCGUCGAGAAGGAGGAGCAUGCCGCGCGGGAUAGGUACGAACAACAGAUGCAACAAAGGUCGGUGCGUCAGGAGGAGCAUAUGUUUGACACAUUCGUACCUGAGCCAACGAGAAUGCGAUCGGCGAGCAUCUCGGCGGGAACAGUAACGAUCAAACCAGUUGAGGCGGAGCCAUACAUCGUCAACGGCUACGAGAUCGCUGCAGCAUCGUCUCGUGCAGUGGAGCCAGUCUAUGCAGCAGCAGGGCUGUGGUCUGCACCAAGCUACGAAGCUACAGUUCAGCAAGCUUCGAUGGAGGAUCAGUAUGGCAUGAUUGAGCAGAUCAGGUGUCAUGCGGACUGGGACAGGAUGAAUCAGCAACAGUUUCGUGGGAUGCAUGGGCCUGUGAGUGGGGACGAUAGUAUGGAUAUGGAGCUGUGA